GGGCCAGGGUGGGGACCUGGCUUUGGCAAAAGAGGUGGGACCCUCCGGCUUCGGGGUAACAAUCAGAGAUCCUAGCGGGCCCGACCCUUCAGAGACUGGAGCCAACCUGGCCUGCAUCCCUCCCUUGCUUGGGUGGGAUGUUCGGGGUUCGGAGGGUGGGGAAGGCCGAGGCCCCACUGUCACCUCUGGAGCUUCACCUUGCUGAGGGGCUUCUCAGGAUGAUGAUGAUGAGGGAGACCAAAAGCAUAAGACUUUAAUCCCAGCCGCCUGGGACCCAGAAAACAGACUCCUUAUAUUAAAGUCUUAUUGAGCACUGACUUCAAGGUAGGGACCAUCCAGUCUCCUUCAUUAAUUCAGCGAGCACAUGUUUAGAUGCUCUAAGGGCGAGGUCCUAGCCUAUAUCCAAGAGCCCGCAACAUUGUCUCGGCCCCCAGAGUCUCCAGGGGAGUCAGGGAGAUGAUGAGAACCCCAUCAACACAUCACUGAACAAGAUAACUGCCAUCUUGGAAACUGCUGUGAAGACCACAGGGCACAAGUGGGAUGAGACGGAAUCAGAGUCAUGAAGGAAAAGUUCAGAGAGACCAGGGAAAUGCAUACUGCCUUUGGCCUGAGUUUCAUUUGGGGCACUGAGCCAGAGAGGAGUUUAUGAACCACCAUCAACAGGGCCUGCAUGUCGAGCAAAGUAGAUGCUCACUGAAGCAAGAGGCUUUCUUUCCAGCACCAGUGGUGUAUACUUCUUGUGUUCACUUGUGCAUCCUGCUGCCUGCCAGGCUCCAUGUUCAGCCCUUUCCACACAUUAAUUCCUAUAACCUCUGUUAGGUCACCACUCCCAUUUUAUGGGAGAGGAAAACUGAGGCACACAAUACCCAAAGACCCCAUAACUGUCUAGCUUUCUGUCAUGGUAACAGGAAUAGUCAUCACCCUAUUGGGCAACUGGGGGUAUGCUCCUUGCCCACCGUGGCCCUCACUUUUCCUAUUUGUGAAGUGGAGUAGGAAAAUUCGAGGUCAUCUGUCAACAACAUCUGGAAUAGCCCUGGAAUAGCACACAGUAGGUGCCGGGAAAAUGACGAGCUGAGGUUUCACUACUGUUGGGUUUGGCCCGGGUGCAGGGCUCCAGGCUCCCACAGCCACAGCCCCUCCUUCCCACACACAGAUGCCAGGGUGUGGGGUUUCUGGCCACCACAGGCACUUGCCCCAUCUCUUGCCUCCCUUCUCCCCCCAGAACCACCUGCAGAGGAGCUGGCUGUUCCUGGAAGAGGCCAGAGGAGGAGGGAAUGACUGCUGGGCUCCUCGCUGCCGGGGCCCCGGAGCAAGUGACCUUUGAGGACGUGGUUGUGGACUUCACCCAGGAGGAGUGGGGGCAGCUGGAGCCCGCCCAGAGGACCCUGUACCGUGAUGUGAUGCUGGAGACCUUCAGGCUCCUGGUCUCCGUGGAUUUGGAAACCAGACCCCAAACCAAAGUGUCCACCCCAACUCAAGACAUCACUGAAGGAAUACGUACCAGUGCCCUGGCAGAAAGGUUCCUGUGGGAUAGUCUGUGGUACUCAGAGGGUGACGAUGCAGAGGGCUGCCACGGACAGAGUCGGGAGAGCCAUGUGGUGAAGACACCCAUGCAGCAGCAGCAGCAGCAGCAGCAGGGGGAUGGGUUUGGGGGAAACUUCAGUCUGAGCCCCCGCUUCCCAACUCAGCCAAUGACCCCAGAAAGGCAAGGCCUCCACAUGCCGGGGACGCGCGGGGGGAGGGGGAAGCCAGACCCAGGGCUCCACGCCGAGCAGAAAACACACGCAAAAGCGAAGCGCUACGAAUGUCAGGCGUGCGGCAAGGCCUUCGGUCACAGCUCGGCACUCCUCGAGCACCACCGAACGCACACGGGAGAGAGGCCUUACGAGUGUCCCGAAUGCGGGAAAGGCUUCCGAAACAGCUCGGCGCUCACCAAACACCAGAGGAUCCACACCGGCGAGAAACCUUACCGGUGCCCCCAGUGUGGGAAGACCUUCAACCAGAUCGCCCCGCUGGUCCAGCACCAGAGGACCCACACGGGCGAGAAGCCGUACGAGUGCGGCGAGUGCGGCAAGGCCUUCAGCUUCCGCUCGUCCUUCAGCCAGCACGAGCGCACGCACACCGGGGAGAAGCCGUACGAGUGCGGCGAGUGCGGCAAGGCCUUCCGCCAGAGCAUCCACCUCAGCCAGCACGUGCGGGUCCACACCGGGGAGAGGCCGUACCGCUGCGGGGACUGCGGCAAGGCCUUCGGCCACAGCUCGUCCCUGACCAAGCACCAGCGCAUCCACACGGGCGAGAAGCCCUACGAGUGCCGCGAGUGCGGCAAGGCCUUCACGCAGAUCACGCCGCUCGUGCAGCACCGGAGGACGCACACGGGCGAGCGGCCGUACGAGUGCGGCGACUGCGGCAAGGCCUUCAGCCAGAGCACGCUGCUCACCGAGCACCGCAGGAUCCACACGGGCGAGCGGCCCUACGGCUGCAACGAGUGCGGGAAGACCUUCAGCCACAGCUCGUCCCUCAGCCAGCACGAGCGCACGCACACCGGGGAGAAGCCGUACGAGUGCGGCCAGUGCGGCAGGGCCUUCCGCCAGAGCACGCACCUCACCCAGCACCAGAGGGUCCACACCGGGGAGAGGCCGUACGAGUGCGGCGACUGCGGCAAGGCCUUCGGCCACAGCUCGUCCCUGACCAAGCACCAGCGCAUCCACACGGGCGAGAAGCCCUACGAGUGCCGCGAGUGCGGCCGGGCCUUCAGCCAGCUGGCCCCGCUCGUGCAGCACCGGAGGACGCACACGGGCGAGCGGCCGUACGAGUGUAACGCGUGCGGCAGGGCCUUCAGCCAGAGCUCCCUUCUCGUGGAACACCAGAGGAUCCACACCAAGGAGAAGCCCUACGGCUGCAAGGAGUGCGGCAAAUCCUUCAGCCACAGCUCAUCGCUCAGCCAGCACGAGCGCACGCACACUGGGGAGAAGCCCUACGAGUGUCAGGACUGUGGGAAAUCGUUCAGGCAGAGCACCCACCUCACGCAGCACCGGCGGAUCCACACGGGAGAGAAGCCAUAUGAGUGCAGGGACUGCGGGAAGGCCUUCACACACAGCUCAUCCCUCACCAAGCACCAGAGAACUCAUACUGGGUAGGCCCGCCUCACAUUUGCUCGGACCUGGAAAAGCCUUAAGUCAUAGCUCAUCCCUUACCAGACUUGACCCCACCAUUCCUAAUGGAAACAAUACAAAUAUACGCAUACGCAAGCCUUCCCGCACCCUUAGAGAGGAAUGACAGAAAUGAUUGUGGGAAUACCGAGCUCUAGGUCAUCCGUCCCCGGAUAUCGGCCCGUCCAAACAGCGGUAGGAAGUGUGGAGUUGAGGACCUUCAGUCAUGAGUGACCGCUAAUGCUACACCAGAGAACCUACAAAAGAGAAAAAUGGGGGGGGGGGGGGGGCGCGGAGCGUGGGGGAGUGUAGUGGAUCUGGGGAUGGCUUCUGUCCAAGGAUUCACACUAUUCCAAACCAGAGGUUUGCAAAGUGGUGAGAAACCCGACAAAUGCUUUUCAUAUGCAGGAACCACACGCAGAAUUUAUCAUUAUUGCACAUUACGUUCUUUGGGGUGCUUAUGAAUGGUGCAAGGCGACUAUGAAUUUCUCUACAGGUGACUCACAGGCAUUAGAAACACAUGUUGAGGAUUCACAAAAAGGAAGAUUUUUUUUCCUUUGUUAAGCCACCAUCUUCUGAACAACAGCACCUCCACAUUGGAACCUUAUGUUUUGCAAGGUUUCUCUCUCUUGAGAAAUGUACAAGUUAAUCUUCUCUUGACUGUUUUUCAUUGAGUCCCUUUCCCAGUGUUUUUUAAAAAGCUUUUGUUUUUUGUAUAAUAUAUCUUGAAGGUCCACAGUAUUAAACUGCGUCCUGAAUUCACUAA